AUGUUUGUCCAUCUCGUCGAGCCUUCUUGGCACUCGAGUGGCCCUGAGACGCAGGAGUAUAUAGAUGUCGAGACGACACCUCCCCACUCGCAGUUUCUCUCGUCGUCUACCUCUUCUUCUUGCCCUCGAUGGCUUUUGGGAAUAUCACUUCUUGAUUCUCGGCCGUCAUCCUCGCCAAACAUGGUGUUCAACGCCGUUCUCCUCGCCCUGGCCACCACGGCCCUGGCCGCACCCGCGUCCGACGUCACCACCUCGAAGCGCCAGGACAUCAACACCGUCACCGACCAGCUCCUCUUCAGCUCGACCCUCGCUCAGUUUGAGGCUCGUCGCAACGCCGAGGACCCCCCCUCUCUGGACUGGUCCUCAGAUGGCUGCACCAGGUCGCCAGACAACCCCUUUGGCUUCCCCUUCCUCCCUGCCUGCCACCGCCACGACCUUGGUUACCAAAACUACCGCCUUCAGCAGCGCUUCACAAGGGCUGCCAAAGACGGGAUUGAUUCCAACUUCAAGUCUGACCUGUAUUACCAGUGUCAGAGCGUCCCGGCGCGAGAUGCUUGCGACGGACUCGCCAAUGUCUACUACGAGGCUGUCAAGCAAUUUGGAGGCGGUGAUGCUACCAAGCGUGACAGAAGUGACUAUGACAAGGCUGUUGCCGCUUACAACGCAGCAGUCAAGGAAGCCCAGGCGCAGGGCCUGCUUCCAGUUCUCGACUAA